UGAACUCUUACGGUGAUAAAUUUAAAAGCCUCCUUCGAUGCUCGGUCAAGUCUUCAUAGUCUCACGAAAAAGGUUUUUGUUCUUUGUUUAUUUGUUUUACGAUAUUUUCAAUCAUUAUUCAGACACCUUUACUGAAAUUUUGCUUUAUUUUGUAUCUGUAUGACAAUUGGCAAAGAUUGCACUCCUACCAUGUCUAAUAGAUCAGUGUGGUUGUCAAGCACAAACUCAUCGGUGAACAUUUCAAGUCCUACAGCAUCUUUUUUAACCUCGUCGGUUUAUUGUUCGUGGAAAGCGUUCGUUCCCUUAGGAUACCAGAUUAAAGUUCACUUCAGUUCCUUCAACAUAACAAACAGUUCGAACUGUUUUAAGGCGUCUGUAGAAAUAGCCGAAGUGCGAGACGAUUUUCACAAAGUCCUAGGUCGAUAUUGCGGAAAAAUACCUAAUGACGUCUUCUCUACGUACAACUUGAACACUCUCACGGUAAUAUACACUGCAUCAAUUGAGCCUGGGCAGACACAUCAAGGAUUUUAUGCCUCAUUAAUGCUGGUGUCACCAGGUAAGAAAAAUAAUAAGAAACCACUAAGGGAGGUGAUUUUGUUUGCAAACAUUUCAUAUAAUUCUGAUGCAGCCUGCGCAUAAUCAGUUGCGUUUUUUACAUAUAUCUCUGACUAGCAUGAUGGAUAAGAAUUCUAAACCUUUCCCGUGGCAUGAUGUAGCCACUAAGGAGUUCUUCUAUGAGUCACAUUUCUACUUCAGUAUGUUUUUGUCGUUAGUCAACACACAGCCGAUUAAAGCACACAAUGUGUUUGUUGGUUCUUAGAGUCACUUAAUUUUUCCACCAACAACGAGACGACGCCCAACUGUUAAUUUGAACUUGGCUGUAACAAUUUGCUCUUUUUUGGUACAGACUUAGGAUAAGGAACUGAAUUGGAAAUUGCAACCCUAAACAAUGUUGAUCUUAAUCUAUACCAAUUUUUUGUGAGAGAGAGGCGGAUUAGAUUGAAAUUUAUUUUUUAGACGCUUAACUGUAUUCCCUGUUUAUCUCUUCAACUUACGAUGUAAGCGGAGUGUAGCCAAGAACAUGACCCCGAUGCAAACAAUAACAUAAUGAGGAGCGGCACAAAUGGCACCAUUCAAAGCCCUCUUAAUCCAUUGUCUCACAACAUCGAUACGAAAUGCCGCUGGACUAUAACAGUACCCAGCGGUCACCGUAUCAAGCUUAACUUCAGUGCGUUCCACCUGGGGGAAAUCGCAGGGCAGGAUACUUGCGAUGGAGUUGAUUACGUGGAUGUGCGAGAUAGCUACAAUGAUAAUGACCCACCCUAUGGAAAGUUCUGUGGAAAUAAGAAACCUUCUACAAUAUAUUCAGUCGGACCAAGGAUCGUCGUAACGUUCGUAUCAGACGGGAAGAAACGUUUACGGGGGUUCUCCGCUAAGUUUGAAGCAAUUUCCGGAGGUAGGUUGAACUUAGACAUAUCUUUAGGAAUAGCUUUCUAUCUCACACACUGACUUAACGAAGGGGGCCAGAAUUUGAAGUUGAUCUGUGCCUAAUGACACGGCAUCUGCCUGCCUUACAGCAGAAUCGUCACAAAAGUCCCCACUUAGGUAAUUUCUGACGUUGGGGUGACAUGGGAAAGAAUUAGACAAGAAUUAAUAUUCUGAUGGCACGUAGAAGAAGUUCGCGUAGCAUUAUGGGAGUUUCGGAUUAUUAAAGCGUUUCGCUGGAAAAUUAAGCCAUUCUAGGUCUGUCAGUCUUUGGUUUGACCAUUUUCUUUUUGUAUUUGUUGUAAUUUUGGUAUUCCAACUCCUUGUAAAAUAUCUUUACAAUCACUGAUUUUUCUUUAAGAUUAGUGGUGCAACCAGGUUAGUUUACCCUUUCCUAGUGGUAUCGCGCUUCUGCUUUGGAUCAGGACUACGUUUCCACGCAUUUUUUUGCCACAUCUUAAGAGUGAUUUUUUAGUGGUUUUUAGUAUAUGGCGUAGCACAGCUUUUUUUUUUAUAGAACCCCUCGUUUCUGGGUGCACAUGUUAAGAUUUGAUUAGGAUGCGUAUACUAAAAGACUGACAGACUCAUCCUAAAUAAACUUUUCACAUUGAAUGUCUCGUGUGAGUCUAGUCAGAAUAUUCCUUUCCUCAUAUCAUUUGCGUAAAUACGAAGGGAAAACAACAUGAAAAUUUUUAUUCUAGAAAAAUCAGUAAAAAAGUAUUUCCUUAAAAUCUUAAUAGUAGAGUGUUUCUUGCGCGCAAAUUUCAGGGUAAAAGAUCAAUAAAAAUUUGUUUUACGCGUUUACACUGCUAACUGCAGAAUCGUUUCCUAUAGCGAAAGGGGAACAGCAUGUUUCGACGUGUUUGAAAUUAAUUUUUUUUUCUUUCAGUUGUAAGCUUACAGCUUACAGCUGAAUCGUUAAUGGCCUAACUCAUCAAGUGUCACUCACUCGAAAUCACAAGGGGAAAUCAAAUGAAACUCUUUCUGUUUUAGGUGUAUGUACCCCCAACAACAGAAUCAUUCAACUUAAUCUGACCCAAAAUUCAGUGGGGCGUUUAUCGUCACCAGAUUACCCUCUCCAAUUACCUUCUGUCAGCUCGUGUUUUUGGCGACUGAAGGCACCCGAUGGCUACUGUGUUAAGCUUUCUUUCACUUCGCUAAAUAUUAAAGGAGAAUGUGAAGAAGAGGGUCAUCGAGAAGAGCUAAUGCGAGUCGAUGAUUACUUCACCACCGACUUUGGCAGUGUUACUUCUUUUUGGGGUCACUUUUGCAAAGAUGUCCAACCGCAAGUGAUAUACUCAACACGAAAUGAACUCCAAAUUUUUUUCACUUCUAACUAUUCAAAUGGAAAGGAUUACAGUAGUGGUAAGCAAGUGGAUCCCAACUCGGCCACCGGCUUUUAUGGAACUUACCAGGUUACUCCGCAAGGUAAAUAAAAUUUUAGCCAUUCCAAAUACUUAAGAAACAGAGAGAUUUGCCUUUGUGUAUCAUAGUAAUUCACAUAGAUGGUUAGCUGCUGAUACCUCUUUUGUGGCUGUUACUUUUUGGUGGUUUUUCAAUUGGUCAACAAUUAGUUCAGGCAUGAAGUGCGGUGAGUGCACAUAUCGCAAGUAUGCCUUGGUGCAUGCAUUUGUUGAUUCGUUCUUGAAGUGCAGAAUUUUACUUUUGAAAUUUAACCUCACUUCCCUGUUAGUGUUACCUUUCAUCAUCAUCAUUAUUAUAAUUACGACCAUAUCAAAUUGUGUUUGUGAACGAUGUACAUAAGAGUAUAUGGCCAGAUAUGUUUUUAUAGUAUGUAGCAAAAAAGGGCGGUCAUCACAAGGAGGUUUUCGUUUAUCACGGCUAAAAUCAACAAAAUUGAAACGAGACGUCUCCAUAUUGAAAACUUUGCCAACAAAGAAAAUAUACAUGUUUUAGAUAUCGGACAACAAAGAGCUUCAGUAACAUUUACAUAUAGAAUAUUCGGACCUUGUUAAUAUGAAAUUAGUUCCAUUUCCAACCUAGACUACAAGCAGUCCUUCCAAUUCGGCGAAGUCCGUCGCGCGAGUCCAAAAAAAUCAGUUAAAAAAAAUUGAAGCUAGCUCGGAGAGCUCUUGAGUAAUGUCGAUGGGCCGCGAGAGUUGCAUGAGUGAGGCGCUCGAAAAGCUUGUUGACAGAUUUCCGGCUGAUAGCCAAUCAUCUUUUUGCAUUGUGAGCGCGAUGCAGAAUUCAAACUCUUGGGCCUAGUGCGUAGUCCCUACUUUUCGAGCGCCUCACUCAUGCAUGGAGUCACUACAAGAGCUCCCUGUGGUUUUUCCAAUGAUUUUUUUCGACUCGCGCGCCGGACUUCGCCGAAAAGGAGGGACUGCUCGUAAUCUAUAUCCAACCUGAAUUGAAAUGUACAGGGAAUAUAUGACUUACUGAAGUUUUUUCCUAAUUUUUGUCAGGUCAUACAAGCCGUUGUCGAACUGAUUUAAACAAGGAAAAUUUCGUUACAUUGAAAGGUAGCAGAGGUUCUCUGGUAAGCCCAGGGUAUCCAAAUUCCUAUCCCAUAAUUACUUGUACCUGGCGUCUUGUCGUUCCGGAUGGUCAUAUUCUAGAAAUGGACGUACAAGAUUUUGAAAUGUCUUGCGAUGGAAAGAGCAAACUGCAAGUCGGCCAGGAGGUCUUCUGUGGUUCCAAAAAACCUCAAGGCCUUUUGACAUCUGAUUCCGACUUAACCGUGAGGAUGAUUGUAACAGAGUCGCAAAAUAACCGCGGCUUUCGUGCGGAGUUUGUAACAAAAGAGAAAGGUAAUUACCAGUGAUAUUUCGUAUGAUUUUGGCUUUCGUGCGGAGUUUGUAACAAAAAUAAAAGGUAAUUACCAGUAAUCUUUCGUAUGAUUUUUCUUUCAGAAAUUUAUAUCCUGUCUUAUAAACUUUGCUGAAAUACUCUCAGUUAUAGACAAAAAUCAUAUUUUGUAAAGGAACAAACUGUACUUAGAGGCGGAAAUUGAAGAAAAACUCGGAAAAAAGUUAAACUAAUUUUUGCCAUGAUCGGAAUAAACUGUAGAAGAGUAACUUUUAACUUACAGCUACACUGUAAGGUGAUUCACCUGUUUUCUAACCUCUGUAGAAGUAGACGCGGCAUCGAUCGUUCCGUGGAUAGUGGUUCCAGUCAUUGUUGUGGCGAUUUGCGUGACAAUGGUGGUAAUAUGGAGAAGGAAGACAGCAGCUGAGCGUGACCGCCGAGGGUCUUCAUUCAAAGCCAGUAUAAUAAAGCGGAUGAGAACACAAUCAACCAACAGUCAGUUUUAAACUAAAUGAAAUACACAUUCUCAACAAAACAGUUUAAAUGCCGAAGAAUCAUGAUAUGCGCGGCUGACCAAGUAGUAACCGAAAAGAACGAAGCCUUUGAAGCAUAGUGGUCCUGGCUUCACUGGAAAAGAAUGUAGUUGGUUUAGCUAGGAUAAUGAAGUGCACAGCCUUUAGUGGAAACCAUGCAUGAAUUAAGAGUAAAAGAGAAAAUAUUUCCAGGUCCCGCCAAACUUCUUGUAAGUGGGUUUUCACUGUCCAUGUAUAUAAUGUACAAUUUUGGAAGUUCCUCUUAAAAUCAGAUAUUCUCUUUAAAAUCAAUAUAUGGAUUAAUAAAAUUGAAUCAAAACGGUCAUAAGAAAUCGUAGGUAAAAAGCUGUUUCCACUUUUUUCGUUUUCGUUUGUUUCCAGCCACAGGAACCUAAUUACUCAACGCGCAUGCAAUAGAGUUGUAAAAGCAGUAAAUGUUACAGGCGAUACCUGUUAGUAUAGUACCACUGUGCUCUGUUUUAGUGUUACCCAGUUCGUCCGUGUCAACUGAGAAACAUCCCGACCUCACUCUCUUAGCAGUUAACAACAAAAGGUUGUAAAAACCUGUCACAAAAGCAAAAAUAUUUUCAAACAGAAGCUGGAGGGAGUGAGAAGGUACCUGGGCACAACGGCUAUAAUUGAAACUUAUGAGAUGUUGUACUUGCAAAACUGAAACUGAGAAUUAAAUAUCAAC